AACAUCAGUUCACAACGUGCGUCCGUUUCGUUCGUUUUGUUAAUCGUUCUUUUGUAAUUUCUUUAUCGUCUAUGCGUCUUAACGGUUAUUUUGUUCAAAAUUUAUUCUCUUAUCGAUCGAGAUCCGUUAUUGAUAAUACCACUGUAGAUUUUGUCGUCAUAACCCAAUAAGUCACUGGAUGAUAUCUACUAUCAAAUUGCUCGUUUACCUGAACACCACACGUGUCCGGAGACCGUAACCCUCACAAGUCACAGCCCACAGGGCUACGAGUUGUGUUAUUUUCAAAGGAUAUACUUAUCGCCCAGUAAUUUGGAAUUUUAUCGAACGCUGGCUUUACGUAAUGGUGCAUUACAGUAACAUGACUGGAAAUAUACAUUUACAAUAACAGAACAAAGUCUUGAAAUACAAGAACACAAUAUGAUGACAAUUGGAAUUUUAACGAUCCUUGUUUUUGGCAUGUCUGCCAUUGUCGUGGAUGGGGCAAAAUGUCUUAACUCAAAAGAUUCGGAAAGGUACGUGGUGGUCAACUGUGCCUAUCAAGAAUUUCUAUUUGUACCAACUACUGACGUUUUAAAGGAUGUCGAGACGUUAAACCUAGAGCACAACUACAUCGGCAAGCUAUUCAACAACAGUUUCACCGAGUAUCCUAACAUCAAGAAUCUGAUGCUAUCGUUCAACAAGGUGCACACCAUUGAGCCCGGGGCGCUAGGGUCGCUUGGCGAGCUGGAGAUGCUAGACCUGUCACAAAACGCCAUCAAGGAGGUGCCAGCCGGACUACCCAAAUCGCUGACUCAGCUAAGGCUAAACGGAAAUCCGGUGUCGGAUAUGCGCCAGUUGGAGACCGCCGUCGGACUGCGGGUGUUGCAGCUCAGGGGCUGCGACCUGAGAACUUACCCGGAACUAGGCAUCAUGCCCAACCUGGUCAGCCUGGACGUGUCUGAAAACGGAGAUAUCGUGGAUCUAGACCCCGCCCAGUUGGCCAUCACGUGCCGCUUGGCCCGGCUCAACGUGACGGGCGCUACCAAUUUGUUCCGACCCGGCACGCCGGGCGCUCACUGCAGGUGCCGGCGCGUCGUCCAGUGGGCCAACACGUACAAGAUAACCGUGUUCGGUUUGGGCCAUUGCCCGGACCCGCUGGCCGGAGACGGCGAGCUCGACAUCCACGACGACCCGAACAGCGAGGCCUGCGCCAGAAUCCCGGAACAGGCCCUGGCCGCGUUCAAGGAGUGCAUGGCCGAGUGGGAACACCGCAACACGCCCUACUGGGCCAUCGCCUCUGGUGUCGUUAUCGCCGUGGCCGUGCUGUUGGCGCUUUGCGUGUGCAUGCGCCGCCGCCGGAGAAGAGGCCGCCGCGGCAACGCCAACAAAGUGCAGAGCGCCCAAUCGCCGCCGCCGUCCGACGCCAAAGUAGCCCACAACGACUCGGCCGGCAACAAUAAAACCGAACCGGCCGCGCUCUUAUCGUCGGCCGCGUGAAAUCGUCCGAUUUUUCCUGUGUUUUUAUUUUUUUUUUUUAACAAAUUUUACCUGCAUCGUGUCUUAUGUAAAAUAAUGCUGCCCGCGUAUAAUAUACACAUACGUCAUUGUAUAUAUUAUAUAUCUGAAAUGUUUAUCUUAUUAUUUUCGUUUUGUUUUAUAUAUAGGUAUUUUAAAAAGAUAGAAGGGUAUCAUAUUAAUAUGAUUGCAAUAUAAUAAUUUACAUUUGCGUGUAAUAUACCUCAGUUAAUAUAAUCUCACGCCACAAUAUUAUGUAUCAUUAGUCAAUCAUUAUCCAUAUUAUUAUACACACAAUGAUAAAUUAUAGAAAAUGUAUUUAAAAAAAAAAAAAUAAUAAUAAAAUCAUUAAUGAUCUCCUUUAAGCGCCGGAGAUUUUCCGAUCCCUUCGGGUAUAGCUUGGUAAACGCGUUUGGGUCAACGAUCGCGUAACUUUGUUUCCGUAAUAGUUUUAUUUAGCAUGACUUUAUUAUACAGUAUGGGUAAUAAUAUAGCUGUAGAAUUAGGACGUAUAGAUACCAUACUGCAGGUUAGCUGGAAAUGUAGUGAUUCUUGCUUAAGUCAGAGUACWGAGAUCCAUCCUCGUUAUGAUUUAUACUUCGAGUUUGGUAGAUCGAUUUAGGUGCGAUCGAAUCUUUCGACCAACGCGACGAGAAUUCACGGCGUUUCACACUCUAUAUAUAUAUAUAUUAUUGAACAAUACAUUAAUUAUUAUGCUUAAUUAUUAUGAUAUUAUAUAAAGUUAG